AUGAUCAGAAGCUUGUUUCUGAUUUCCUUGUUGAUUCAUACAACAGUAGCACAAAAACCUGCACUUCCAAAUCACCCUACAGCUACUGUCCCUGUCCAGAAAUGGUCAACAUUAAGUGGCAAUGAGCCUCUUGUAAUAGCCCGUGGGGGUUUUAGUGGCCUCUUCCCAGAAGGCACUCCCGAAGCAAUUGGGCUAUCACAAGACAUAAGCAUUUUCUUAUGCAAUCUUCAGUUGACAAAAGAUGCAGGUGCUUUUUGUGUGACGGGAACUACUCUUGACAAUGAAACAACUAUAGCAUUGUUCGAUCCUAAGCAGAAAACCUACAAUAUCAAUGGGAGGAAUGUGGAAGGACACUUUUCUGUGGACUACACUGGUGAUCAGAUUAGCCAGAAUGUAUCAAUGACUCAGGCCAUAUUUUCUCGACCCAAUUUUUACGAUGGCGUUUCCCCAGUACUUAAUGUUGACGCUCUACUAAGUGAUAAAUCUGCACCCGCACCAAGGUUUUGGUUGAAUGUUCAGAAUGCAGCACUCUACACGCAAAACGGAUUAAAUGUGGCAGAGAACGUUCUAGAAAUAUUGAGACUAUAUCAAAUAGAGUUUGUUUCAUCUGCAGAUAUUGGUUUCUUGAAGAGUAUAAGUGGGAAAUUAAACAAUGCAACUAAGGUCAUCUUUCAACUUCUUAACACAUUAGAUGUUGAACCAACAACAAUGCAGCCAUACGGCACUAUUGUGAAGGAUCUUGCGACAAUCAAGUCAUUUGCAUCGGGCAUAAUGGUCCCGAAGGAAUACAUAUGGCCAGUUAAACCCGACAAAUAUCUAGGGCUUCCAUCAACACUUGUAGCUGAUGCCCAUAAAUUAGGACUAGAAGUAUAUGCUUCUGGUUUUGCUAAUGAUUUCUUUUCAAGUUAUAGUUAUAACUAUGAUCCUACUGCUGAAUACCUUCAGUUUAUUGACAAAGGAGAUUCUGUUGAUGGUGUUGUCACUGAUUUCCCAGUAACAGCAUCAAACGCCAUCGCUUGCUUUGCACACAACAAUACCUUGCCAAAAAAAGGACAAACUUUGAUCAUAAGCAACAAUGGAGCAAGCGGUGUUUAUCCAGGCAGCACUGAUCUUGCAUAUAUGCAAGCAAUAGAUGAUGGUGCUGAUAUUAUAGAUUGCUCAGUUCAAAUGACAAAAGAUGGAAUUGCCUUCUGCUCAAAUACCGCAGACCUAAUAGGAGAUUCCACCGCAAUGACUAAGUUCAUGUCUAGAAGUUCCAAUGUCCCAGAGCUUCAACAGAAAAGUGGAAUUUUCUCCUUUGACCUUACGUGGAGCGAGAUUCAAACAUUAAAACCUCAAGCUGCUAGCCCUCUAGGCAACGACUUUCAAAGAAACCCAGCAAACAAGAACAGCGGCAAAUUUGUUACCCUCCCUGAAUUUUUAGAAUUGGCCAAGGCUAAGGCGGUUAAUGGCAUUUUGGUCAACAUACAUAAUGCUGCCUAUCUUGCAUCAAAAAAGGGUCUUGACAUUGUAGCUGUUGUCAGCACUGCAUUGAGCAAUGCCACCUUAGACAAGCAAACCACACAACAAGUCCUAAUCCAAUCAGAUGACAGUUCGGUCCUGUCCAAGUUUAAAGAUAUCCCAUCUUACAAAAGGGUGAUGUUAAUUAAUGAUAAAAUAGGCGAUGCACCAAGACAAACAGUAGAAGAAAUUAGGAAGUACGCAGAAGCAGUGAAUCUUCCGAAAGCCUCUGUUGUUGAAGUAACUGAUUCCUUGUUAGCAGGAAUAACAAAUGUUGUUAAAGAGUUCAAAGAUUCAAACCUCACAGUAUUCGUCCACACUCUCAGAAAUGAAUAUGCGUCCCUGGCAUUCGACUAUUGGGCAGAUCCUAAUGUUGAGAUUGCUACUUACGUCCAAGCUGCUCAGGUUGAUGGAGUAGUGACCGAUUUUCCAGCCACUGCAAGUAGAUAUAUGAGAAGCCCGUGUAGCGAUCCCAACCACGUGCCUGCCAUCUUACCAGCCAAGCCUGGUGACCUAUUGAGUACUGUUCCUGCUGAAUUACAGCCACCAGCAGAGGCGCCACUUCCACCCCUUGAGGCAGCAGACGUUGUUGACCCACCUCUUCCUCCAGUUAUUAAUCAGACUAAGGCUCAGCCCGCUGCAGCACCUGCACCUGCACACUCUUUAGGUGCCAGGGCAAAUGUUGCCAACGCUGGUCUCUCCUUAGUGGCAAUAUUGGUGCUUGCUAUCCUAUCUGCUUGAUACUAACGUGAUUAGCU